ACUAAUAUCUAAAAAACACCUGUAUAUCUAGUCCCACAAUCGCGGACUCUAUCUCCACGAAUCUAUAUAUACCCAAGAGGUAAAUUCCUUCAAUUUAGCGCUUUGGAAUCGUGUCCUGAUUCGAGAAAUGGCAGCGGAACCCACGUCAGGAUUCCCCAUUGAAGAAAGCCAAGUUGUGGAAUCCAAGGAUGGAACCAUUUCGGUAGCUUCUGCAUUCGCUGGUCACCAGGAAGCUGUUCAAGAUAGAGAUCACAAAUUCUUAUUGAAAGCGGUGGAAGAAGCAUAUCACGGAGUUGAUUGUGGGGAUGGAGGCCCAUUUGGUGCAGUUGUGGUUCGUAAUGGUGAAGUGGUUGUGAGCUGUCAUAACAUGGUUUUGAAGCAUGCAGAUCCAACUGCACACGCUGAGGUGACCGCAAUAAGAGAGGCCUGUAAAAUACUUGGGAAGAUCAGGCUUUCUGACUGUGAAAUAUAUGCAUCUUGCGAACCCUGCCCAAUGUGCUUCGGUGCAAUUUACCUUUCAAAACUCAAGAGAUUGGUGUAUGGAGCCAAGGCUGAGGCAGCGAUAGCUAUUGGAUUCGAUGAUUUUAUCGCUGAUGCGCUAAGGGGUACGGGUCAUUAUCAGAAGGCUCACCUGGAGGUCAUACGAGCAGACGGUAAUGGAGCUGUGAUUGCUGAACAAGUCUUUGAGAAGACCAAGGAGAAAUUUAGAAUGUACUAAAUGCUAUAACAUCCUCUUCAAUUCAAGAAUUUACGUUGGUUUUAUAUGUUCAGAAUUUCCAACGCAUUUGUGAGGAAUAAAAGUAAAUACAAUUUAUAUAUUUAUGUAAAAUUGGGAUACAAACAACUUGUUAUUUCAUUGCCUCUUUUCUUUCUUUCA